GGAGGCACGUGCCCCCAGGCCGCGCUCUAGGGGCGGGACUCAGGGCAGUUUGAAAGAUCGGCGCGCACAGCAGGAGCGGCGGUCGGCCUUGAGGCUAUGAUGUCGGUGUUGAGGCCGCUGGACAAGCUGCCCAGCCUGAACACAGCCACCAUCUUGCUGGUAGGCACGGAGGAUGCUCUUCUGCAGCAGCUGGCGGACUCGAUGCUCAAGGAGGACUGCGCCUCCGAGCUGAAGGUCCACUUGGCAAAGUCCCUCCCUUUGCCCUCCAGUGUAAAUCGGCCACGAAUUGACCUGAUCGUGUUUGUGGUUAAUCUUCACAGCAAAUACAGGAUCAGAGAAGCAAGGGCUUCUGCUUUCUCUGUUGGAAAGUUUUGUUCUCUGGUGUGUUUUCUCAUCCUGGCCUGGCCACCGCAGCCUCCAGAACACCGAGGAGUCCCUGCGCCAUGUGGAUGCCAGCUUCUUCUUGGGGAAGGUGUGUUUCCUCGCCACAGGUGCUGGGCGGGAGAGCCACUGCAGCAUUCACCGGCACACCGUGGUGAAGCUGGCCCACACCUACCAAAGCCCCCUGCUCUACUGUGACCUGGAGGUGGAAGGCUUUCGGGCCACCAUGGCGCAGCGCCUGGUGCGCGUGCUGCAGAUCUGUGCUGGCCACGUGCCCGGUGUCUCAGCUCUGAACCUGCUGUCCCUGCUGAGAAGCUCUGAGGGCCCCUCCCUGGAGGACCUGUGAGGGCGACUGGCCCCUGGGCUGCCUCUCCCCAUGGCUUCGUGCUGACUCCAUAAACAUUCUCUGUUGAGGAUGUCCAGUCAGGGCUUGACAGGCCCAGGCUCAGCCUCCAGUGGUUGGGAAGGUUCCCUGCAGGACCUGUGCUCCAGCAGGGAGAGCUGGGCAGAAGCAGCGAGGGGGCCCAGCUGGUGGGACUCCAGCCCCCUCCCACUCCCACACUCACUCUUGCAGAGCCUUGUGUCUUUAAGCAGCUGGCGUGUUGCAUCUCCAUUUAAGGUUUCCUUCGAACAAAAGGUCUGUGACUAAAAAAAGUUUAAAAAUCA